GUUGCAGGAGAAUCAAGGUGGAGUUGAUGGACCUGUGAGGGACAAUAGGCUACAGAGAAAUAGGUGGGUAAUGGGAUUGAUGGGAAUACUCUGAGAGUUGGCAUAGACACGGUGUCGUGAGAAAUAUAGAAUUUGGAUUUUCAGAGGGCUUUUGAUAGUGUGUCAGAGCAGGUUCAUCAAGAAAGUUACAGCACACAGAGAUGGGGGGGUAAUAUAUUUGUUGUUACAUAGAAAACAAAGAAUGGUGUGAUUGACUACCCUCUGUUCUCUGGAGUUUAGGCAAAUGAAAGGAGAUCUCAUUAAAACUUACAAAAUUCUGACAGGGUUUGACAGGCUGGCUGUACGUUUGAGCGGGUUGAGGAGACUAGAAUCAGGAUUAAGAAUUUAGACUGAGUGGUAGGCCAUUUAGGACCGAAACGACAGAAGAUUCUUCAUGCAGAGGUGGCGAAUCAUUGGCAUUUUCUCUGGAGGCUCAUUUGUUGACUUCGUUCAAAGCAGAAAUCAAUAGAUGUCUGGACAUGAAGGGAAGCAAGGGAUAUGGGGCCGGUGCAGGAAAAUGGCGUUGAGGUGGCUCAACCAUGAUCUUGAAUGAAUAGCGGAGCAGGCUCGAAGGUGCAAACGAUCGCGUUGUGCACCUCUUUUCAUGCUGUACACUUCCCCCUUGACAGGAGCCACGCUGCCCUGAUCGGAUAGCGGCCGAGGAGCGGGAGUGUUGCUAGACCGACGGGCCGACUGACUGCUCCGGCUCCUUCUCCUUCUCCAACUCCACACGCGGCGCAGAGCACAGAUAUGGAGUACCUGAAGGAGCCUGCCGCCAGCACCCAGGGCCACAUUCUAUGUUGCCAGUGUGGUGUUCCCAUCUCUCCAAAUCCUGCAAAUAUGUGUGUCGCCUGCUUGCGGAUCCAAGUUGAUAUCACAGAAGGAAUCCCAAAACAAGUAAAUGUUCAUUUUUGCAAGCAAUGCGAGAGGUAUCUUCAACCUCCUGGAACCUGGAUACAAUGUGCAUUGGAAUCAAGAGAACUUUUAACUUUGUGUCUUAAAAAAAUGAAGGCCCAUUUGAGCAAAGUGCGACUAAUAGAUGCAGGCUUCAUUUGGACAGAGCCUCAUUCCAAGAGGCUUAAGGUCAAGCUUACCAUUCAAAAGGAGGUAAUGAGUGGAACAAUAUUGCAGCAAGUAUUUGUGGUAGAUUUUGUUAUCCUAUCACAAAUGUGUGAUGAUUGCCAUCGUGUUGAAGCUAAAGAUUACUGGAAAGCUGUAGUGCAAGUCCGACAGAAGACUACACACAAGAAAACUUUUUAUUACUUGGAACAAUUAAUCCUAAAACAUAAGCUGCAUCAAAAUACACUUCGUGUCAAGGAAAUCCAUGAUGGUCUGGAUUUCUAUUAUGGUUCCAAGCAACAUGCCCAGAAGAUGGUGGACUUCCUACAGUGUACCGUUCCUUGCAAGUAUAAGGCAUCCCAGCGUCUAAUCUCCCAUGAUGUCCACAGUAAUAGCUACAAUUACAAAAGUACUUUCUCUGUGGAAAUUGUUCCAGUCUGUAAGGACAAUUUGGUAUGCUUGCCACCACGAGUAGCACAGAGCCUUGGAAACAUGAGUCAGAUAUGUGUUUGUGUUCGUGUGACUAGUGCUGUGCACCUCAUUGAUCCUACCAGCUUGCAGAUUGCAGAAGUUGAUGGUUCCACUUAUUGGCGCUACCCUUUUUACAGCCUGUAUCAACCUGGGCAGCUGGAGGAAUUUAUUGUAAUAGAUAUUGAAAUAAUUGGAGACAGCAAGAAGCUUCCUGGUACAGGCACAAUAUCCACCAGGCAUACGUUGGCUGAGGUCUGGGUGCAAAAAACAUCUGAAAUGAACACCAAUCAACAGUAUUAUUGUCGUACUCAUUUGGGGCAUUUGCUUAAUCAUGGUGACCUGGUGUUGGGGUUUGAUCUGGUUAAUUCAAAUCUCAAUGAUGAAUACGUGAAUAAAAUGAAUCCUCAACGAGUUCCUGAUGUGGUUUUAAUUAAAAAGAGCUACGAUCGAGCCAGACGGCAGCAUCGUAGGAACUGGAAACUUAAAGAACUGGAUAAAGAUCAUGACGACAUGGGAACAGAUGAUGAAAAACAAUACUUAGAAUUCCUUGAAGAUCUUGAAGAUGAUGAUAUCAUUAGAAAAAAUGUCAAUAUUUAUCGGGAUUCCUCAAAAGUUCCAGUUGAAAGUGACACUGAUGAUGAUGGUGCUCCCCGGAUCAGUCUAGCAGAGAUGUUAGAGGACCUUCAUAUUUCUGUUGAUGCGACGGGUGGUGAGGGUGCAGCAAUGAUUGACUAGAGAAAACGUUGAAAUUAAACUAUUUAGUUCAUUAUGAUGGUAACUUGAACCAUUGUCCAAUCUAGUCUGCCGUGAUACAGGAAAUCACUAUGUAAAUAUCUUGCUUUUACCUUAGUCUAGCCAGCAUAGCACAGAGAUUCCUAUUUUCAAAUCAAUGUAUAAGCUUUGAAUUUAUAGCAUUUGAGGAAAUUAGCUAACUUUUUAGCUAAUCUUCACUUGUAGAAAGGAAGAUUAGCUAAAAAUUAGCUAAUUUCCUCAACUUGGGAACAGGUACGAGGUAUGAAGUUUUUCCUCUGUAUCUGUGGAGCUCUGUUUCUGCUGGCCUAUUGAGACUUUUUUAAAAUGCUGAUUACUGAUCACUAUCAGUUAAGCUUAAGCUUUAUUUACUUAGGAAUUUUUUUGUUUGAGAUUCUAGGAUACGAUAACUGAAAAGUAUAUUAUUGAUAACUAUACAAUAUUGAAGUAAUACAGAUAGAUGGGUUGAAUAUAUCCAAUCCAUAAUUACAUUAUAUCCUCAAAUAAAAUUUUCUUAAGCAA